GAGUCGAGGGAGAGCUAGACAGGUUUGUGGCCGGCAUGGAGGGCGCGGAUCGCUCGACGAGAAAGUCAGACUCGGACAGAGGCCUGAAGUGACGACUUCGCCCGCGUUUUCGGGAGAGGGUCUAGUAACAUGGAACAAAGCAGGCAGUGGAUCGCACAGCUAUCAUUAAGCCAUCACGGUCUCACUGUAACAUCCCGGUCUGUUUAAGAUGGCCAAAUUAGCACAUGGGGUCUCCUAGUGUCCGAAAAGACGUACGCAAGUGUAACGUAGUCAUCCAACACCGGUGUCGAGCUGCCUCCGCCGUCAUUGUUUGUACUCUGGGAGAGAGAAAUUUGCAUUCUGCCGCUGUGUGAACGCAACCCGACCGCUCGUGACAUCUGCACCUGAACAGUGGCCAACGGUAACAUGUCUCACCAUCAAGUCUGGUUCAUUACUGGGUCAUCCAGUGGACUCGGAAGGACCAUGACUGAACACGUACUGGACAAAGGGGACAUCGUCGUCGCCACGCUCAGGUCGCCGGAGCUUGACGUGUCCAAUGCCCAGGAGAUCAAGAACGCCUUCGCAGCUGCUGUAGAGCGCUUCGGUCGCAUCGACGCUGUCUUCAACAAUGCCGCAUACUGCAUCUUGGGCGAAGCGGAGCGCGCGAUGUUCGACGUGAACCUCUGGGGCGCGAUCAACGUGAGCAAAGAGGCCGUGCGAGUCUUCCGGGAAGUAAACAAACCCGCCGGAGGACGCCUGCUGCAAAUCUCGUCUGUCGCAGGCAUAGUGGGGGUCCCGGGCAUCGCAUACUACUGCGCCGCUAAGAGCGGUCUGAACGCGUUCAGCGAAGCGCUGAGCAGGGAGGUCGACCCGGACUGGAACAUCAAGAUCGUCAUAGUCGAGCCAGGGGCGCUCCGCACCCCUGCUCUCCGGAAGACCGUGCGCAUACCGUCGCACCCAGCGUACCUCAACAACAAAGCGAUGCUUGCCCAGCGCGAGGCCCAUUCGGUCGACGACUGGCCGUGGAUGGCAGACACAGCAAAGGCAGCAGAUAUCUUGCAUCGAAUAGCGGCGUCACCGGAUCCACCGUUGUAUCUGCCUCUGGGCACGGAUGCGGUCGACUUCGCAAGGGCGAAGUAUCCGCAGAUGGUGGAGGCUACGGAUGCGGUUGUUGGGUUGUCAGAGGAACUGAGAGUAGAGAUGACUGACGUACCUGCUAUUAGUGCCGGUGCCAUGAGACUUGGCUAG